UCGACUACCCUAUUAUUACACAUCUGCUGCCUGCUCAGCCUUAACGCUGUUUUUCGCAUUCCGUGCCAUUUACAGGGUAUACGCUAUAAAUGGAUCCCUCGAACUUGUCAUUCGGCUUUCCGGGUCUGUCUGGUCAUGGACAUCUGCCCAUACCGCCCACCGCCAAUAUGCUGGGCGCCCAUGGACAUCCGGCACCAACGGCCAGUCCGCCGCAGAGCGUACCCGGACGUCGCACGCCCCUCGGCUCGGUGGGCCUGGGCGGCUUCUACGCCCAGGGGCUGGGCAUGUCGCAGCAGAGCCUAACACCCACCGAUGAGAACAAGCCCGGACCGAGUGCGCAAGAGAAACCCUUGAGUCCCACGGCAGCAGCCAUCGCGGCGAUUAGUGGUGGCACCACGACGGCGGCCAUGUCCAGCAUUGGGGGCAUGGGCGGCGGUCCAAGCGGCAGUGGACCCAACGGAGGCAAGCAAAAGAAUCGUCAGGGCAAGACGGUGCGACUGAAUAUCAAUGCAAGGGAACGAAGGCGAAUGCACGAUUUGAACGAUGCGUUAGAUGAGCUGCGCAGUGUUAUACCCUAUGCACACUCGCCGUCAGUGCGCAAGCUAUCAAAAAUUGCGACUUUGCUGCUGGCCAAGAACUAUAUACUGAUGCAGCAGAAUGCGCUGGAGGAGCUGCGCAGGCUGCUGGCGUACAUACAGAGCACCACGGGCGCAGCUCCCUUGGACUUGGGCGCCUUUCCGGCAGCGGCCAAAUUGCAAGCGCUGCUGCAAGGACCCCACAACGAGCCGCCCACAAGCAGCAGCAGCUAAAGAGCGAAAGAGUAAUAGAGUGAGAGAUAGAAAGAGAAGCAAUACGUCUACGUUUAAGUCAAUUGAAAAGCCAAAUAUUUGUGUACUAGUCAAGCAAGAGGUUGAGCAUCUGUUAAGUGAUA